AUGCACGUUGGUAUGUUAUGUUGUUGUAAAGUGCAAAAUACUGCUGGGAACCCACUUUCUCUAGUACAAAUUUAGUAAAAAGCUUACUUAGUUAAUUGACAUGGAAACUCGCCUCGCUAAGCAAUUGCCGCUUUAUAUAAUGGAACCUUUUCAUCUCGACCUAUCUCAACGCCAACCAGAACCGUAAAACAAUCAGCUUUCGUAAUGUCUCACGAAGAAAUUGUCCCCGUUGAUUCCACCGAAGUUUUUGUUGAUAUGGAUCCCAUCUUCCCCGAAGAUUCGCAGCAGUUCACGAGAUCCGUCACUUUUCGGGAACAAUAUGUGUGGGAGCCCUGUGACAGCGAGAAGCUUCCGGAGACGUUAGCCUCAGGGAUUCAAAGGUUUCUUCGUGUAGCAAACUUGGUUGAGUCUGAAGAACCUCGUAUUGCUUAUCUUUGCCGUUUUUAUACGUUUGAGGUAGCUCACCGACUUGACGCUACUUCAACCGGAAGAGGUGUACGACAGUUCAAAAAUUCUCUUCUUCGAAGGCUUGAGAAGGAUGACGAGUUGACUGCGAGGUUAAGAAAAGAGAGGGAUAAUAAGGAACUCAAACGUGUUUAUGAUGUUUACUUGGAAUACGUUAUCAGAAAUGGUGCAGCAUUCAAUUUGGAUAAUAGUCAGCGAGAGAAGUUGAUAAACGCACGCAGAAUUGCUUCUGUUUUGUAUGAAGUUCUUAAGGCAAACGACACAACUGGUGCUUACGCAGCAGCCCCAGAAAGUAUACUAUUAAAAUGGGAUGAGGAGACUGGUGAACUACUUGUCGAAAAAUCCGAGUUGAUAGAUGAGAACUGCAAAGCCCUGGACGAAGAGACACAAAUUCACAUGUCUCAAGGCGAUGACAUAAAUGCCAUUCACAAAGAGUUAACAACACAUUUGAGAUGUUAAAAAACAUUUGAGAUGUUACCUAACUAUUUAAAAUAUUUUUUGAGGGUUUUUAGGAAGUUCAAAUAAAGGAAGACAGAAGGUUUGCAAAUGGGUCAAUGGGGGACGGUGUCAGACCGAGUUCCGCAGUUCCAUCUUUGUUAGAUGAAGAUAAAUAUCUUGAGACACAAGACAAGUUGAACAAGGUGGAGAAGAAGAUUGAGGAGAUGGAGCUGAAACUCAAGGAUGUCGACUUCUGGACUAACAUGAUGCAAAACAUGUUUCCAGACCAAGUACCUCCGUCCAUGAGAGCGAACCAAACCGAAAACAACAAACAACAAUAAACAAAGCCAAUAAAAUUUUAUUUUCUAUCUUGUUUUUUCUUUCUUUUAAUGUUUGUAAGACAAUAAAUAUUAAAAUUCAGUUUAAAAUAUGUUUCCGAUAUUCAUAUAAUUUAAGAA